CAGAUUCUUUCCUAUUGCGCUCUUUAUCUACAAUGUUCUCUCUCUGCCGCUCGGAGGGAAUAGAAAGCAAAACAGAUGUUUGAAGCAUAGUUUCGUUUCUCCCCCAACUGUCUCUAUCUUUCUCUUUCCUUUCUUUCUUGCUCUCCCGUUCUCUCUGUUGUGGACUAGCCAGAGGGGCAGUAGGACUAAGUGCCUCCUGUGCACUUGUGUAUCAGUAGCUGAUGUCAACCUCACUGACAAUAACAAGAACUGAAACACUAGUUAACAUCUCAUAGACAAACCCUUGUUCUCCUAUCAUCUUGUUUCAUCAUGAAUACUUUGAAUACAGGAGCUAGGAUAUCAGGCUGCUGGACUGUAACAGGCUGCAGCGGGGGCGGAGAGGGCUCCCUGGACAGACUCCUCACCUCCGUCAGCUCUGGGCUGUCACCACGGAAACGGACUACCAGCCAGUGCAAGUCAGAACCGCCCCUGCUGCGGACGUCCAAGCGGACCAUCUACACAGCCGGCCGCCCACCCUGGUAUAACGAACAUGGAACCCAGUCCAAAGAGGCCUUCGUCAUCGGUCUGUGUGGGGGGAGUGCCUCAGGGAAGACCACUGUAGCCAGGAAGAUCAUAGAGGCUCUGGAUGUCCCCUGGGUGGUCCUGCUCUCCAUGGACUCCUUCUACAAGGUUCUGACUCCUGAGCAGCAGGUCACGGCAGCCAGUAAUGACUACAACUUUGACCACCCGGAUGCCUUUGACUUUGGCCUGCUGGCACACAUACUGAGGAAACUGAAACUGGGAAAGAGUGUCAAGAUCCCUGUGUAUGACUUCACCACACACGGACGCCAGAAGGACUGGAGGAAACUGCGCUGGGAUAUGGCGGCCCUAGCCUCUGCCCACCAGGCCCAGCCCCUCCCCCAGACCCUGAGUGUUCUGGAGAGUACGCCCCAGGUCAGGGGAAUGCACACCAUAAUAAGAACAAAGAGACAAGCAAGGGAUGAGUUCAUCUUCUACUCGAAGAGACUGAUGCGUCUGCUGAUUGAACGAGCGCUUCCUUUCUUCCCUCAGACCCAUAUAGUUCAAACACCGCAGGGAGAGGACUAUGAAGGCAGGGCUUUCCACGGGAAGAGGAUCACUGGAGUGUCCAUCCUGCGAGCGGGAGAGACCAUGGAGCCAGCUCUCCGGGCAGUGUGUAAAGAUGUCCGCAUCGGGAAGAUCCUCAUCCAGACCAACCAGGACACAGGAGAACCAGAGCUGCAUUACCUGCGUCUGCCUAAGGACAUCGGUGAGGACCAUGUGAUUCUGAUGGACUGCACCGUGUCUACUGGGGCUGCUGCCAUGAUGGCCAUACGAGUCCUACUGGACCAUGAUGUCCAGGAGGAUAAGAUCCUGUUGGUGUCUCUGCUGAUGGCUGAGAUGGGGGUUCACUCUGUGGCCUACGCCUUCCCUCAGGUCCAAAUCAUCACCACUGCCGUCGACAAGAAGGUCAACGACCUCUUCCACAUCAUACCCGGCAUAGGAAAUUUCGGUGACCGGUACUUUGGCACGGAUGCACCCCCAGAAUGGAGCGAUGAGGAGAUGGAUGAGCCCAGUUACUGAUGGGACAAUGGGCAGACCUAUUUGAAUGAUUCAGGGGUGCGCCGUUUGGAGGAUGAUUGAGGAAUGUGCUCUUCACCCCACUGGGCAGCUACGUACACCCCCUUAUUCUGGGGACCAAAGAAGACCCCUGGAGUACUAGAGCACCUUGAAUUUCACUCAGAUACAGAAAAUGAGUCAAAGAUUAACAAAGGACAAUUAAUAUAUACAUUAUAUACAUGCAGUUUUUGUAUAUUUCUAUUUGAGUUUUAUGCCAAUGCAGCUGUAAUAGAAAAUGUAGUAAUUUUUGUAAUGUGAAUGUUUGUUUGUAAAAUGUUCUAUUUUUGGUUGUUUGAAUUGUGUGUUUUGAGGGUCCAAACCUUCAUAUUUUUAACUGUGGAUUACAACAUUCAAUAAGAGCUAAUUGCAAAACACACUUUUUUUCUUUCUUUCUCAGAGCUUAAUUAACCUUUCAGAAUGCAAUCCAAAAAAUACACAGCCAUAUUGUUCAUUCUCUCUGCUCAUAGAAAGUGCUUUCUUUCAAGGAACACUUUACCGGAAAAUUGUGUAGGCGUAACUUUUUAACUCUCUGGUUUCCCCUCUUCUCUGCUUUGUAGCUACUGACCAAACCACAGUCUUGCAAAAUGUUAACACUUAGUCCUCUUUUCACUGCAAGGCCUAAAUAUACUCCCACAUCCUGAUCUACCUGCUAGUCUACCUGUGAGUGGCUCCUCCACCCAUGCCCCGCAGUUCGGUUAGCCUUGACCGUUUUCAUUGCCCUUAAACAUCAGCACUUUAUUCAUGAAGGGUCCUCUGUCUGGGAAUGAUUCUGGGCCUAUGCUGCCUAUCAUAAUGAGGCCUUACAAUGUUGUUGUCAUGCUUAAUGUUUCCUAGUGAUAUCGGCGUAGGCUACAACACYUAGACCUACAUUUAAUUUGUGCUUUGUCUGCAACAUAGAGACGAGAGAGACGGAGAAAAUAURCAGGAAGGAUAUGGUGGUUGUCCUCUUCUCAUGGAAACUAACCUUGAUAUCUUCCAUCACUUUCAUCACUACCCCACCGCUGACACCAAGAAGGCGGUGGGGUAAAUAUAGGAUGACACUGACUUAACCGGUAGGCUAAUGGGCUAUAAAACAAAAAAGUUUUACAAUUCAGAAUAGGCCUACAGUUCUAAUGAACGCUGCCGUGGUGCACUGGAAUGAUGGAUCAUGGUUGUGAGGACAGUCACCAAGACACCUGUCUGCUGCAGAGGUAAAACUCCCACACCAGGGUUGCAAGGUAGGGCUGUCUGACAAAUGGCGCAACAUUGUGUAGGUUAAUAUUAUUUCUAGAACAGAUUUAAGAGCUUUAUGAAAUUCGCUUUUAUUUCUGAUCAGGUUAUUACAUUUGGGAAUUUUAAAGGUAGCAUAGGCUUAUAAUUAGCCUACAUCAUUCCGUUUUUGGAGGGUUUGAAAUAGAAUGGGUUUUGAAUUUUAGUCUACAUUGAAAUUGAUUUAUGGAAAUUAAAUUGAAUUUAAGCUUGAUCUGAGCUUUUAAAACKUUGUCACAUAAUGGUUUCAUGAUUCUGCAGACCACAAUAAAAUAAACCAUAUACAUACAAGUACUAUA